UGUGGUCACGUGCGAGGCAGUUGCUAUUUGCUUGGCAUCUGGCACACAAACAGCAGCACUUGGAACAACAAGAACAAGUACAUGGAGCAGCAACGGCGGAGAAUGACGUUCUCGUGUUGACGACAGGAAAAAACCCAAAGGAUAAAGAGCGUGUUGUGUAGUAUUGGAGGGCAUUUUGACGAAAUGUCUACGGCGGCGUAGGAACUUUAGCCCCGCGGCGAGCCAGGUAUUAGCUAGCCGUGCCGUGAUUUAACGCGAUUACGCUGGACAGGGUGAGUGUUAACAAACACGUGUCUCCAUGUUCCCCCCUCAUUUCUUCGUUAUUUUCUGCCGUCCAAUGAUCGUGCCAUGAUCCCUCGAACGUGUACGGGUCAUGGUCCCCGCAGGGGUGAUGACGUCACGACCACGCCCCCCAGCACCUGAGAUUUUAUUUUAUUUUUUUUAAACAUCAGGACAAUUCAUGUUUGUUAUUGGCCACGAAUGAUGUCCGUGAAUUCCAGUUUUCAUCUAGUAUGAAUGAAAAAGAAGCCAGCUGGUGAACGGUGACAGGUGGAGUCCCGGCUGGCUGCCGCCCGCUUCCGUUUGGAGGGCCAACAAUGUCGCUGUCGGGGUCCCCCCCUGGUGCGCAGCUGCUCUCAAAACUUGCCAAACAUGCUGCCGGCAGGGCACAUGUGCAGCUCAACCGAUGGCUGCACAGGAGCGGUGGUGGUGGUGACGAGUGCGACAAGAUGGACAUGCUGGCGUGCGGCGGGGACUCAGACGCUGACCCCGAAGCGGCGGGCGGGCUCAGCGGGGAGUCCCGGCACCCAUGUUUGGUCACCCCCUUCUGCCUGAAAAGCGCCCUCCUGGUGUGCAUCCUUACCGGGCUGUGUUUCUCCUCUGUGGCGCUGGUGCGCCAACACCUGAAGGACCUCCUGCUAUGGGUAGAGGGCCUGGACAGCCUGGCGGGGGCGCUGCUCUUCGUGGUGGGCUUCAUCGGCGUGUCCUUCCCAUGCGGCUGGGGCUACAUCGUGCUCAACGUGGCGGCCGGCUACCUGUACGGCUUCGUGCUGGGCAUGGGGCUGGUCAUGGUGGGCGUUCUGAUCGGCACCUUCGUGGCGCACCUGGCGUGCAAGCGGCUGCUGACGGACUGGGUGCUGCACAAGGUGGGCAGCAGCGAGCAGCUGAGCGCCGUCAUCCGCGUGGUGGAGGGGGGCAGCGGACUCAAAGUUGUGGCCUUAGCGAGACUCACCCCCAUUCCCUUUGGACUCCAAAAUGCAGUUUUCUCUAUCACUGACGUGUCCUUGCCAAACUACCUGGUGGCGUCCUCGGUGGGCCUGCUGCCCACCCAGCUCCUCAACUCCUACCUGGGCAGCACGCUGCGCACCAUGGAGGAUGUCAUCGCCGAGCAGAGCGUGAGCGGCUACUUCGUCUUCGGUCUGCAGAUCGUGAUCAGCAUCGGUCUGAUGUUCUACGUGGUGCACCGCGCUCAGGUAGAGCUCAACGCCGCCAUUGCCGCCUGCCAGAUGGAGUUCCGAUCGUCGCACACAAACGGUUUGUCGUCGUCGUCCUCCAACCACGUCGGAUUCACGUACUGCGGCAAACGUUUGGCGGCGGCGGCGGCUAUCGUCAACGUGGUGUGACCUUCCUUGGCCUGCCGCUGGCACGGACCAAUGCCGUUGGACUUCGCACUCGGAGGAAGAAAUGCGCGGUAGGUUUUUUUUUUUCAGAGGGCGGGGGGGUUAACGAUGGAGGGACCUCAAGAGAUGUCAACGAAAUAACACUUUGAAUGUCAACUUGAUUUGUUUUUAAGUGUCAAAACAAAUGGCCACCUAUGCACCUUCUUUCCUACGUCGUCAGGCUCGCUUUGUGUCGUCAACUGAAAACAAAACGUAAUAACGAGACCAGUAUUUUACGUAAUCCUAAUAAUAAGGGCAUUGUUCAUAUUUUGUGACUUUGUAGUUGAGUGCUUUUGAGUUAAGUGUCUUACUUUUGGGACGGCGACUCUUGGUUGAGACAGAAAACUCAGGAAUGUUGGAAGUGUGCAAAAAGAAACCUUUCCGGUAAAUUUUGAACAUUAAAAAAAAACUGUUCAUUUUAACAUCUAAGUUGAAAUUCCUUUCCUUUUUUUUAAGAGUGCAGUUCAUUCCAGAAUGUUGUUGGGAAUGUCGGUAACUAAGCUAAAGGGAAUUUUUUAUUUUAUUAUUAUUAUUUUUUUAUGUGCCAUCAUUUGUUUGUUUACAUUUUUUCUAAAUGUGAAGCGACUGAACCCGUGCAGGCUCUGCACGCAUUUACAGUGCAUUUACAGUAGAAGGAACUGCAAGAUCUCCACUUGCUGAUGAUAUCAAGUUUGGGCCUGGAAAAAAAAACUCCAAAGGAGUUUUAGGACCAUCAUAAAGUUAUGAGAAUAAAGUCAAAGAAUGUAGUUGUGAUUACGAGAGUGAAGUCUUUGUAGAAAAAAGCAACUCAGCAUUUUAUGGGAAAGAACGUUGUAAUAUCAUGAAUAAAGUUGUACAUUUAAACGAGAAGCCUCAUAAUAUUGUGAGAGCAAAGUUGUAGUUUUACCAGAAACUUUACAGGAGUUAGUAGUUUGUCGUUUUAGUCGAGAAUUUUAUGCGUGAACCGUGAGGGGAAACGUCAAGCAGGUAAUUCACAAGGACGAAAAUCGUACUGCUACAAGUUUUACACUCAUUAAAAAAAGAAAAAGAAAAAAUAAACAAAAUCGUAAAAUUGAAUAUGUCAUAAAUGUACGUGUGGAGAAAAAAAAAAGUCAAAUGUAACAAAAAUACGAUUACUUCUUAGGACUUUGAUCUCAAGAUCAUGAGUUCUUUGACAUUUUAUUUCUGUUCCGCUCUGAUAUUGCUUCUUUCGGGCAGGGGGUUGAGGACCGGAAGUUACUGCGUUUACCUCAAUACCCUCACAUUUUGACAUAUUCUUUUAUUUCAUUUUGUGGUACUGACAAAAGGCUGACAAUCAACACAGGCACUUCAAAAAAUAAAGAAAUGAAUGUGCAAAUACGCCACCCCCCCCAAAAUUAUUCAUGUUUUGACAUGAUCGCAAAGUGGUGUAGAUGACACACAAGGGCUCCUCCAUGACAUAUCCAUCUUUUAUUUUGACGCUUUUAUUUAUGAUUGCUCGCUGAUUGAGGCGGGCCCCGCCUGUCUUGACGUUAGCAAUAAUAUUUUACAAAGCCUCAUGCAAAAAAAAAAAAGUUAGACACUGAUUUCAUAAAACGAAUUGUGGAGGGUGCCCACAUUCCCGAGUUUGCGUUUGCCUUGUUUGCGUCCCGCUCCCAAAUGAAUAUUAAUGAGCCGUGUGAUGAUGUCACAACACCUUGUGAUUAGCAUGCACAGGAGAAAAAAAAACAAACAUGUAUUUAUGACUUUUUAACUGACAAGUGCAAAGUAUUUGAUUUUUGGUGGUAUCGAUGCAAAACAAAAAAUUGGAAGGAGGGGAGUGGGGACUGUCUGGAAAUUUGUCUUAGUUAUGCAACAAGUGACUCAAAGGGAAGACGACGCUUCCCUGGUCGGUAUUAAGUGCAUUACUGUACACACAUGCUGUAUUUUCUUCUACACACACACACACAAUUUGACAGUGCAUAAAUAUACAGCACGUACAUAUAUACGCGGAUAUCGAUGCACAGCGUGACGCUUUGUUCAGUGUUAUUUAUGAGACAGAGAAAGAUAUUAAAAUGGCUUUUAUUACA